UUGAUUCAUGCUCUUAUAAUCAAUAUUAUAUUUAAACACAGAUUGGAGAGGUGAAAGAUGAAUAACAACAACCAGUUAUUAUAUAAAAGCGUUUAUAAUCCACAGACUCAGGCUGCAACUGGGAAAGGAUUCGCUCCUAUUUAUACUACACAAACUAGUCCAAGCUUAAUUAAUCAGCCCAAUUCCAACAAGUUCUGAACAACUGGAGUAUCAAAUAUAGUAGAAAGUAAACCAUCAAUUCGAAAAAUUUCAACUGUGCUGAACCUGAAGAAGAAUUUCUUAAAUAAAAAUAAGAAACCUAUACAAAGUGCUUUCAGUGUUGUGUCUAACUCUUCCCAAGUUUUGGAGGCAGUCACUGCUUUCAAGCAGCUUUCUAUUUCAUGUAAAGAGUUCAAAUUAGAUAAUAAAGAGCCGGUGCUACCUAAGACUUUGGGAGACAAACAAGAGCUUAAAGAGAUUCCAAAGAUGAACUUUUUGAAGAGAAAGAAGCAGAAAUGUUCAAUGGACAGCUCAAAUUCUUUGUCAACUUCGAAUUCUUCAAUGAGCGUAAACCUCCCUGAUGGAGCAGAGGCCACUGAUAUUUAUGGGAUUAGAGCAUUUGAGAGUACUCCUAGUGUAUUAGAAGAAUCCAAAGAGUUGGAUAUACCUGUUUUAUCACCAAAAUGUAAGGCAUCCCCUUACCUCAGAAAAGAUGUCGUCUGGAAGUCUCUCUUAAGAGCAAUGAAGAAGUACUAUUCUAAGGAAUUUAGGGAAUAUUUUAACUACUCAGACCCAAAAUUCAUAAGAAGAGGAGAUCUAAAGCAAAUGGCUUUCACCCAUGCAAAACAAUUUUUGGAGCAGAGCUUUACAUUUGAAGCUCCAGAAAAUACUGCUCAUUUUCUCUUUGCCUUGGUUGAUAUUAAGGGAAGGCUUUAUGAAGAAAAUGCAGCUUUUCCACAACUCGAAAGGGAUAUUAAAGACUUGUUGAGGUCUUUCACCUCCAAGAAGCUGAAAGACUUAUUAAGGUUUCACCAAUUCUCGAGCUUAAUAUUACAUUUCUUGGUUCAGAAUUCAGAGAUUUCAGAGCUCAUUUCAAAAUCUAAGGGAGAUGAGAUGACUAAGGAUGCCUUUCAAAGAUACACUGUGUCACUCCGUACACUUGUAGAGUCGUAUUUAUAAAUUAAUU